UUCUGCACCUACCAAAGUAUUCCAUAACCUGCAAUAAUCUUUGAUGAGCUGAGCCCUUCCUGAUAAGAAGAGCCACCGGUAGCACGCAAUCUCUCUGUUCCAAAACCCCCAUUGCCCACCGAACCGCCGUAGCUUCCGCCACCACCGCCGAUCAACCUCCAACCAACACACCUUCUCCAUCUCCAGAGUGACUGAUUUACUGUGUGGGGGGCAAUGUCGACGAUGAUGAGUUUUCAAACUUGCUUCAGAGUAAAAACCACGACCUGCUACGCUUCACAGAGAACUGCUGGUGAGGUCUUGACGGCAAACCCUAGCAGCAGACUCUCUGAAAGGCAAGAGGUUCGUCUUGGUUUGCCCAGCAAAGGUCGCAUGGCAGCUGAUACCCUCGAACUUCUCAAGAAUUGUCAAUUGUCAGUGAAGCAGGUCAAUCCUCGACAGUAUGUUGCUCAAAUUCCUCAGAUUUCCAGCUUAGAAGUUUGGUUUCAAAGGCCUAGUGACAUUGUAAGAAAAUUAUCAUCUGGAGAUCUUGACCUUGGUAUCGUCGGACUUGAUACUCUCAGGGAACAUGGCAAGGAUGAUCCAGAUCUUAUCGUUGUCCACGAGGCUCUGGAAUACGGUGAUUGCCGUUUGUCCCUUGCGAUUCCCAAAUACGGAAUAUUUGAAAACAUACAUUCCCUGGAGGAGCUAGCUAAAAUGUCUCAGUGGACAGAAGAAAGGCCUCUACGAGUUGCUACUGGAUUCACCUAUCUGGGUCCUAAAUUUGUGAAAGAUAAGGGGCUUAAAAAUGUCGCAUUUUCAACUGGUGAUGGAGCACUGGAGGCGGCUCCUGCGAUGGGGACAGCUGAUGCUAUCUUGGACCUUGUGAGUAGUGGGAUUACACUGAAAGAAAAUAACCUGAAGGAAAUUGAAGGAGGAGUUGUUUUGGAAAGCCAGGCUGUUCUUGUUGCAAGCAGAAAAUCCAUGGUCCAACGGAAAGGAGUACUUGAAACAACUCAUGAGAUGCUUGAAAGAUUGGAGGCACAUCUGCGGGCUAUUGGGCAGUUCACGGUUACUGCAAACAUGAGAGGAAGCAGCGCAGAGGAAGUGGCUGAGAGGGUACUGAGUCAACCAUCAUUAUCUGGGUUGCAGGGACCCACUGUUAGUCCUGUUUUCUGCAAACGUGAUGGGAAGGUGACCGCAGACUAUUAUGCCAUUGUCAUAUGCGUGCCCAAGAAGGCACUAUACAAGUCUGUGCAACAACUUAGAGCGAUUGGAGGAAGCGGUGUUCUUAUAUCACCCUUGACCUAUAUUUUUGAUGAGGAAACUCCAAGAUGGCGUCAGCUCCUCUCUGAACUUGGGUUAUAGCCCUUCAAGAUCAAUUAAUGUAGUUGUUUUUUCCCCAGAUCAAAGCAAAAAGCUUCUGGCUCGUCCUUCAUGGAGCAACUCCUACUUCUGCAUUACUUUAAAGACUGAAAAUUUUGUAGCAAGCCUGUAUUAUUUUUUCUUAGAGUAGUGACUCCACGCCACACCCCCCAAAGUUGUGGGAUUUAUGGUUAAGUAUUGUAAUGUUUUAGUGGAUUUUAUUUGUGACCUCAAUGAAGUUGGCCAUAUUCCAAAUGAAGUUUGAUUCAUUAUGAUA